AUGGAAGAAACAACAACAACAACAACAACGGAACCUACAGAAGAACAAGAAGCAACCAAGGAAGAAAAUGAAACAACGGAAGCAACAUCUAUAGUGGAAGGCGACGAAGAACCUAUGACAACCAACAUGGACACUUCAACAGAUCGAUCUAGUUUGGAUGAUGAAGCUCGCAAUUAUCUCAUGACACAAGUUCAACAAGUCCAAAUACCCGAACACACUGCUGCCUGGUUUGAUAUGACCACCAUUCAUCAAAUCGAACGCGUUUCUGUACCAGAAUUCUUCACUGGUCGCAAUCGAUCCAAGACACCAGCGAUUUAUCAAGAUUACCGUGACUUUAUGAUCAACACCUUCCGACUCAAUCCAAAGGAAUAUCUUGCUGUCACUGCUUGUCGACGGAAUUUGGCAGGAGAUGUAUGUGCUAUCAUGCGUGUACAUGCCUUUUUGGAACAAUGGGGUCUAAUCAAUUACAAGUGUGAUCCUGCCACAGUACCAUCAACGGUUGGACCACCUUUUACCGAUCAUUUUCGAAUCACUGCAGAUACACCAAGAGGACUUCAACCAUUCAAACCCAACUUCAAAUCACUUGGAAACAAUACGGAUACCAAUAAAGCAGCCAAAGACGAUUCUUACGAUUCAUGGCGACAAAAACUAUUUGAUGGGGAUGGAUUCACACAUACAACAAAAUCAUGGUUCUGUAUCACAUGUGGAGCUGAAUGUACAAAAGAACGAUAUCACAGUCUCAAGACAAGGAAUAUGGAUCUUUGCCCAGUAUGUUAUCAACAAGGACGAUUUCCAGCCACGAUGUUUAGCAGUGAUUUUAUCAAGUAUAGUACCUCCUCCAUCAGUGAUACAUGGUCAGAUCAAGAAACGUUACUUUUACUAGAAGGCAUUGAAUUAUAUGAUGAUGAUUGGAACGCCAUUGCUGAACAUGUUGGAACACGAACAAGAGAACAGUGUCUAUCUCACUUUUUACAACUCCCUAUUGAAGAACCUUAUCGAUCAGAUCAACCUUCAUCGGAUGCGAUUGAACACAAACGAACACCUUUCUCUCGUGCUGAUAAUCCUGUCAUGUCCAUCCUUGCCUUUUUAGCAUCUGCCGUGGAUCCAGAAGUAGCAGCCACAGCGGCGGAUGCUGCCAUUCAAGUACAAACGAGACAGAAGAAGGAUCAUAUGGUACAAACGAGACAGAAGAAGGAUCAUAUGGAUAUAGACGAUAGACCAAGCAAAAAACCACGAACAGCCAUGGAGAAGACAGCAUCUGUAGCUCUUGGAUCAGCAGCAGCAAAGGCACAUUCCUUGGCCGGUAUUGAAGAACGGGAAAUCCAAAGAUUGGUGCAUGCGGUGGUGGAAAACGAGAUCAAGAAACUGGAACUCAAGAUGGAACAUUUCGAUGACUUGGCUUUGGUACUGGACAACGAAUUAGAAGCCAUCACCCAACAACGCCGCAUGAUCUUUAUGCAACGACUGGCCCACAAGAAAACAGCAGCUUUACUGGACAAUCUGGAUGAUCCUGCCUCCUUGCCUUCUUUAUUGGACUCGUAUCUAUUCAAAGAACAUUAUCGUUUGGCUCCUCUCUCUGAUCAAGCAUUGAUGCCACCAACCGAUGAAGAAAAACAAAAUCAAUCCAUUUUAUCUCUUUGAUUCGUUAGUAUUCCCUUUUUUUUUAAUGAAAUAAAGAUGUUUUUUUUUUUUUAUGAAAUAAAGAUGAAAUAAUAUAAAGAUACGGAUGGAUCAAGAUGAUGGGAUGAU